AUGAGUACUGUAAGUGCUGAAGAGAAGAAGCGACAGCUGCUUGAAAGAAAGAAGAAGUGGACCAAGAAGAAAGCGGAGGUUGACGCUUUGAAGGAACAGCAAAAGACUAACGAGAACAAUAGCUAUGCAAACAAAGACAGCGCAAAUGAUCUAAGUUCGAGGCUAGCGGAACGCAAAGCAAAACUGGACAAGUGGCGUCAGAAGCGAGAGUUACAACAAAAAGAGCCAAGAGAUGACGAAAAUCGUGAUGCUGAAGGAAAUGGUCCAUUGGCAAACAAGAAAGUUAAGAAGUUUUUGGACAAGAAACGUUUUUUUGAUGAUAGCGACGACGAAGGAAGUACAAAUGACGUGAAGCUUUUCAAACCAGGAAAUACGGAUGAUUCUGGUUAUACUAAGGACAUAAAAUCAGAACCUGGAUCUGUAGAGGACAAGAACGUCGCACAAGACCCUUUGGAAUCAUUUCUGCAAAGUUUAAUCCAAACUCAAGAUAUCAACAGCUCCAGGCCCCGCAGCUCAGGUAUACUAGACGACGAUCUAGGUGAUGUGAACGAGGAACCAGAGCGUUUUGGUGAAACACAGGAGCACGAUGAGGUGGAAACCGAAUAUAAACGCAUGAAAAAGCUGAAGUCAAAGAAACGAGUGAGGAAAAUUUCCGUUGGCGGCACCACAUUCGAACCGUUCACAAAGUCGUUCUACGUGGAGCCGGAAGAGAUCAGGACAAUGACAGAUGUAGAAGUCUCCGAUCUUAGAUUAAGUCUUGACAAUGUGAGCAUCAAAGGUCAAGCCUGUCCGCGACCAAUCACAAAAUGGUCCCAUCUGGGCCUUUCCACGGAUAUCAUGAACCUCAUUACACAUGAAUUCAAAUUUCUUUCCCCCACGCCUAUCCAGGCUCAAGCCAUUCCUGCAAUAAUGUCUGGACGCGAUGUCAUAGGUAUAUCGAGAACGGGAUCUGGGAAAACAAUUUCCUUUCUUCUUCCACUUUUACGUCAAAUCAAAUCUUUGCGCCCUCUUUCAAGGGAAGAGACUGGGCCUCUGGGACUGAUACUGGCACCCACUAGAGAGCUGGCAAUGCAAAUAUUUGAAGAAGCUUGCAAAUUCACUAAAAAAAGUCCCAAGAUCCGAACGAUAUGUUGUACAGGAGGAUCGGAACUCAAAAGUCAGAUCAAUGAUAUCAAAAGAGGUGUGGAGAUUGUCGUUGCUACGCCUGGGAGAUUCAUAGAUCUUCUGACACUAAACUCGGGAAAACUCAUAAACACGAAACGUGUAACAUUUGUGAUUAUGGAUGAAGCAGACAGAUUAUUCGAUCUCGGAUUUGAACCACAGAUAACGGAAAUCAUGAAAACAGUUCGACCUGACAAGCAAUGUGUCUUAUUCAGCGCAACUUUCCCGACGAAACUCAAAUCAUUUGCAUCAAGAAUACUGUACAGGCCAAUCAGUAUAACUAUUAACUCAAAGAGUCUAGUAAACGAAAAUAUUGAACAACGCGUGCAGAUCUUCAAUUCUGAUCAAAGAAAGUUCGAAGCACUUUUGUCUCUUCUCAAUCCAGAAUUCGAUUCUGAACAGGACGGGGAUCGCGACGAAAAGACAAUUGUAUUUGCUUCAAGCCAGCAGAUAUGUGACUUGCUUUACAAUCGUCUUGUUGAUAAAAAUUUCUCACCAUUUGCCAUCCAUGCCGGAAAACCUUAUAACGAAAGAGCUUCCAACCUUGAAAAGUUCAAGUCUACUAGGAAUAGUGUCCUCCUUUGUACUGAGGUACUAUCCCGCGGGCUCAAUGUUCCGGAGGUUUCAUUGGUAAUAGUUUAUAACGCGGUGAAGACAUUUGCACAAUAUGUUCAUACCACGGGAAGAACCGCGAGAGGUGAUAAGCAUGGUGUCGCGGUAACUCUUCUGCUGGAUGAUGAGCUCCCAGCAGCGUAUAUCCUCAAUAAAUCAUUUCGGGAUAAAGAGUUGGAAUCCAUGCCAGAUGAAAGCCGGGAACGUCUCCAAAAAAUGGCAGGUCAGUUCGAGUCUGGUAUGAAGAUUGGAAAGUACAGACUAGCGAAAGGCUUUGGAGGGAAAGGUCUCGAGCAUAUGGAAAAGCUCAAUGACGAGAAACAGGAUACAGAGCUUAAGAGUUACGGUGUGGCGGAUCACAAGAAAUCGGACGGUAGUGAGGGUACUGAGGGCAGCGAUUUACAUGCAAACCUCGUCUCAAUCCCCAAGCUGGAUUAUCAAUUCAUGCAAAACAAAAACUCGAAUGGGCAAGUUGCGUAUAGUGCGCAAGUUUAUGUAAAUGAUCUGCCGCAAAUGGUCAGAUGGGAAGCAACUAAGAACACAACGCUUUCAUUCGUGAUUCACGAAACGGCCUGCAGCAUCACCAACAGAGGCAAAUUCUAUCCGGAAGGAGCAGUACCGGCAUCUGCACAAGACGAACCUAAACUGCAUCUCUUAAUUGAGGGACAAGAUGAGAAAGACGUAAGGCUGGCCAUUGAAUUGCUGGAGGAAAAAGUCAGAGAAGGUGUCAAAAAAGUGAGUGCUCAAGAAAGUAGAAACACCAAGUUUUAG